UAACCCACCAAAGCCACACAGAAUAAUUGUUUAUAGUAUCCCAUAUGGAGCAAGUUUCUUGUGCCGGACAUUCAUAGCGAUAUUUUGCACCUGGCUCAAAAUAAACUUAACAAUUCCUUAGUCAUCUACACAUACAGAAGACAUGGCUUCUCCUUCCUACAAGAACAAAGCAAUUAAAUUCAUAAAAUGCUUCUGCGGAUGCAGCGACAUGACCGUAGAGGAGGUCCAAAGGAUCUUCACUCUAACGAACAGCGUUCAUCAGACGCUUCUCGACCCGGAGGCCACCAAACUGUUUCGGCGCUUCAUGGAGACGAGGCGAUCCGGCGACAAGGACGCAGCUGAACAGUACCUGGACAUUUACGAGAAGUGUUCCGAGUUCCUGCAGGAAACUCAACACACCUUUGCCCAGGACGAAGUGGACGAACUGGUCGACCUGGGGCUUCCGUAUGAUCUGGAGCAGGAUCUUACCAGGCGCGCGUUGAGCGGUCAGCGAACCGACAUUAACCUCGGUCUCUAUCGUGUCCAGGGCAAAUGCCGGAAUGAGAUUGAGGCCAGCAGCGAAUUCCGAGAUUUCAGAGACGCUAUAGUAGAUAAGAUGCGUCGAGUGCCUAAGUGAUACAGUCGGUCGAGGAGCUACCGGGUGCUUUUUGUGUUCAUUUUACAACGAAUACCAAAGAAAUGUUGGUACUUUUGGAAAACCACACUUAACCUCGCACCAUAUAUCCACCCCAGUGUAUUCUCAUUGCCCCUGCCUCAUUUCUGAAGUUAAGACCGUCCACCGAACUUCUGCGUUUAGGCACAGAAAUCCGUAGAAAUCGUGCUAGAGCUUAUGCUCAUGAAACUGACGCAUUCUAUUCACGCCACAGACUAUCAUAAAUUUACUUACACUUUAUAUUACUUGUUUAUUAUAUGUGCUUUUUAUUAUUACGCCUUAGAGAAAGAGUUCCAAAAUAAAGCAUUACCAAGUGCCUUCCUUA